AUGUCUCUAUAUCGCAUCAGUGUAGAUAUUGGCGGCACCAAUACCGAUGCGGCAAUCAUUGAUAUCAAGGCACUGACCAGCCCCAAUCGGGGAGUCCUCGCUACUCACAAAGCACCAACAACGCCAGAUAUCACCACAGGCAUUGAAGAAGCUAUUAAAACGGUGCUGGGUAGCUCUGCUAUUGACCAGAGCCGCGUUCUCAGCGUCACUAUUGGCACUACCCACUUCAUCAACACCCUUGUGGAAGCCGAUGCUCGAAGGCUGGAUCGCGUUGUUGCGGUGCGGCUUUGCGGCCCCUUUACUCACCAGAUUCCACCCUUUUCUGGCUUUCCCGUUGGCCUUCGCCAUAUCCUGGAUGGUGGUGUGUUCUAUCUCGAUGGCGGGCUAGUGAUGGAUGGUAGGCAGAUUACGGAGCUCAACGAGCAGCAGAUCCGCCAGGCGGCGAUGGACAUUACAGCUGCUGGUGUUAAGACUGUUGCCCUUGUCGGCAUUUUCUCCCCAUUAGACCACGACGAAAUUCAAGAGGAACGAUGCAAAGAAAUUAUGCUUGAAACCGUACCUAAUCUCAAAGUCGUCUGUUCUUAUGAUAUCGGUCCUAUCGGGGUUUUGGAGCGUGAGAAUGCAACUAUUUUAAACGCCUCCAUCUUGAGAACCGGCCACCGCGUCAAGAAAGGUUUUCAACGAGCUAUGAAACGUCUUAAUCUUGGCUGCCCAUUAUAUCUAUCUCAGAAUGAUGGCACGCUUAUCGAUAUCGAAGCAGCUUCUGAUUUACCUAUCAAGACUUUUGCCAUUGGCCCAACAAAUAGCAUGACAGGUGCAGCCUUCUUGGCUAGCAUUGGCCAGGGCCAUGGAGCUUCAAAUAGCGUGCAUGGGACCACCAAUGGCAUGUCUUCCAAAGACACAUCUCCUCAUGGUACUAUUACCAAUGCGGACAGCUCAUCCUGUGAGCAAGCUCAAAUAUUGGUAGUCGGCAUUGGUGGCACCACAACAGACGUUUGUGCCUUGCUACCAUCUGGAUUCCCCCGUCAAGCUCCAGGGUUCCUCGAGAUUGCAGGCGUCCGCACGGCAUUCUCCAUGCCGGAAGUUGUGUCUAUCGGACUAGGCGGUGGUAGCACAGUUACUCUAGACGCCGAAUCCGUCUCUGUUGGCCCUGCAUCUGUCGGCCAUUUUAUCCAAAAACGAGCAAAGGUGUUUGGUGGCUCUACCUUGACUGCCACUGACGUUGUUGUUGCGGCCGGUAAAGCUGCUCUUGGUGAUCCUAGUCUUGUCCAUGAUAUACCCCGAACGGGGAUUGAUCAGAUGAAAGUUUCCGCAGCUUCAGCUACAGUUCUCUUGGUUGGAGGUGGGGCUUUGCUGGUCACCGAUGAAUUGGCUGGCGUUGAGAAAUGUAUCCAACCCAUUUACCAAUGGGCUGCCAAUGCUAUCGGUGCAGCGAUUGGUAAGGUAUCUGGUGAGGUUGAUACAGUCGAAAUCCUUGAAGGCAAAGAUGAGAAGGCGAUUAUCGACGCUGCCUGCAAGAAGGCCACUGACCAGGCCGUGGAAAAAGGCGCGGUGAGAGAGGAUGUGAAGAUUGCCGAAGUCAACAAGAUGCCACUUCAGUACAUGUCAAAGGUUACGAUCCUUAUCCAAUGGUCAAAGGGCUUUGUUCCCUUUGUUGCGACACAAGACUAA